AUGAUAUUAUUGUUAAACAAAUCAUCAGAUUAGUAUUUCAUUAAAUAAUUGAAUUGAAAAAGAAUCAAUUAUCUUUCCAAUGAACAAAGAAUUUUUAAUCAUCAGUUUGAUGGAUUUUAUAUACCAUCGAAUUGGUUCAUCUUCCCCUGUAUUAGUAAUUUUAAAGCUUUUAUUUCUUCAUUCAUGGCGGAAUCAAACGAAAACGUACCUGCUCAAAAAUUGCCGCUCGAAAAUCGGGUAGCUAUCGUUACCGGAUCUUCUCGAGGCAUCGGAAAAGCAAUUGCACUUCAUUUAGCUUCUCUCGGUGCUAAGCUCAUCAUCAACUAUUCCUCCUCAAACUCCACUUCUCUAGCCAACGACGUCGUUUCUCAAAUCAAUUCUAAUAAAUCCAUGAAUGAUUCCAUCGCUGUCGCCGUUAAAGCUGAUAUCUCAGAUCCGGACGAGGUGAGAUCCCUCUUUGACGCAGCUGAAUCAGCUUUUCAAUCUCCGGUCAACAUCUUAGUGAACUCCGCCGCCGUGUGCGACGGAAAGCGUCCAACGAUUAUGAACACAGAUCUCGAGGAUUUCGAUAGGACUUUUAGCGUGAAUACUCGUGGAUCCUUUUUAUGCUGUAAGGAAGCUGCGAACAGAAUGAUAAAUCGCGGAGGCGGAGGAAGGAUUAUAUGUGUGACGUCAUCUGCGACGGCGUCAUUUCGGGCUGGGAACGGUGCGUACACGGCAUCGAAGGCGGCGGUGGAAGCAAUGGUGAAACUACUGGCGAAGGAACUAAAAGGAACAGGAAUAACGGCGAAUUGCGUGGCGCCGGGACCGAUAGCGACGGAUAUGUUUUUCAAUGCAGCAACAGAGGAGAAAGUGAAGAAGGUGAUCGAUGAAUGUCCACACGGAAGACUCGGCCAGUCGGAGGAUGUUGCUCCGGUCGUGGGAUUUUUGGCCAGCGAUGCUUCUGAAUGGGUGAAUGGACAAAUUAUUCGUGUCAAUGGCGGUUACAUCUGAUCACUUAGUUGCAUGUGAGGUUUGUUGAAAGUGUUCUUUAUUUUUUGUAAAGAAGAAAAUUUAAAUUUUCAGUGCCAAAUGACAUUUGAACAUUGGUUUGUAGUGUAUUUUUACUCCUCCACAUGUCUAUCUAUUGUGAAAAUGGGUCAAAAAGUAUUUAUUUAUCGUGA